UAUAAAGAUAGGAGGUCUUUUUAAAGCCUCCUUGCAGAUGCUCCUACUACGUACGCCCAGACCCCGUCGAAAGUCCUCCAUCUCCGAAAUCUUCCAUGGGAGUGCUCCAAAGAGGGACUCAUCGAGAUCUGCAAGCCGUUUGUUAUUUUUUGCUUUUGGAUUUGUGCACAAGACUGCCGCUUUUAAAAAAGCUGCAGGUUUUCAGGCAUUGAUUCAGUUCAGUGGCGCGGAGAUCUCAUCUUCAACGAGGAAUGCCUUGGAUGGAAGGAGCAUACCCGGUGUCAUCAAAACUUAACUCAUAUUGUCUUUGAACAACUCAACAUGUUGUUAGUUAUUGCUGCUCUUCUUCAUUGACUCCAAGAGUGACAUUAAUUAACGAGAUUGGCUCUCUCUGAGACAUGGCAAGCACUUCAUCAUUAAUUUCGGCAGCUUCAAGAAGGCUAGAGGGAAAGGUAGCUCUUAUAACAGGGGCAGCCAGUGGUAUAGGCGAAUGUACAGCUAAAGUCUUUGCCCACCAUGGAGCUAAAGUAGUCAUAGCAGACAUCCAGGACGAGCUUGGCCACUCAGUCAGCCAAUCCAUAGGCCAAAACAACUGUAUCUAUGUCCACUGUGAUGUCACAGAUGAAUCCCAAGUCAAAAAUGCCGUGGACAAAACAGUGGAGACCUACGGAAAGCUUGACAUAAUGCUCAACAAUGCUGGGGUAAUAGACGAAGAAAAGCCCCGGAUCAUCGACAAUGAGAAGGCUGAUUUUGAGCGUGUCAUGAGUGUGAACAUAACUGGUGUCUUCCUUGGGAUAAAGCAUGCUGCUCGGGUCAUGAUCCCUGCUAAAAGAGGCAGCAUCAUAACGACAGCGAGUGCAAGCUCAUACAUCGCUGGUGUCAACUCACACGCCUACACAUGCUCAAAGCACGCCGUGGUAGGCCUAACAAAAAAUGCAGCUGUUGAGUUGGGACAGUUUGGUAUCAGAGUCAACUGCUUGUCACCGUAUGGUGUGGCCACACCUAUGGCUAAGGCCACUUGUAAGCUUGACGAGGUGGAGCUUGAGAAUUUGCUGAACUCGGUUGCCAACUUAAAGCAUGUGACGCUCAAGGCAGAGGAUGUUGCUAAUGCGGCUCUGUUUUUGGCUAGUGAAGAGGGAAGGUACGUGAGUGGACACAACCUUCUGAUUGAUGGAGGUUUCAGUAUUGUCAACCCUUCUUUCGAAAUGUUUCAAUACCCUGAUCAUGAUCAACCUUGAAAAAAGAUGAAUGCUCUUAGUAAUAUUAUAUGGGGGAGUGUUUGUGAAAACUUCUCACCUUAAUUAAGAUGAAGUUAGGGAAAUGAAUUAGUACUGGUGAAAUUGACUACUUGUUGCAUGGUAAGCAUUAGAAUUCUCCAUAUCAUAUGACUGUCUCAGUGUGUUGCAUUGACGUCCUCCAGUCCUCGUCGUUUUGAAGUUCUCAUUCUCUAAUUUAAUUGUUUGUUUUGUAUCAAUGUCGGCGAAGCUGCUUGUUGUUUUAAAUGUAUCACUUUUCAUAUUUACAGUCGUUUUCUUUUUGUUUGCACUCGUUUCUUAUUGAUGUCGUUUUUAAAUCACUUUCUGUACGUGAUGUUGCUGUGGUAUGAUAACGUUGUCGUUGAACUCGUUA